UUGGCCCGGGUGCGUAAAAAGUCAGCGGCACCAGGCCUCAAAGCCUCUGAUUCCAAGGUCUCCCUCACCGCCCAAAGUGCAUCCAAUUCUAAAUGGACUUUUGAAAUGACCCAGGUUCUUAUUAAGGCCGUGAAUCUCUUCCCUGCUGGGACCCAGAAGCGAUGGGAAGUUAUUGCUGCUUAUGUGAAUCAGCACUCAGUAGGUGUUGAGGUAACAGCCAAAGAGGCACACAAACAGGCCAAAUCUGUCAGUGAAAAUUAUGGUGCAAUGAAACAAGAGACCAAUGCAAAAGCCUUUCAGAACUUUGCAACAAGUACCAAACAAUCAGAUGCAACGAAAUCGGUGACUAUUACAGAUCAAAUUGAAGCUGAAGCCGAGAGACCUUGGACCCGGGCUGAACAAAGUGCCUUGGAAGCAGCCUUGCGUUCAAAUCCAGCUAACCCUUGUGAACAUCCUGCAGUUCGUUGGCAAAAAAUUGCAAAUGUGGUGGGCACACGUACUAGCAAGGAGUGUCUUCAACGGUACAAAUACCUCGCUGAACAAGUAUGUACCUCACCGAUUCUAGCAAUUAUUACCCAUUUCAUUUAA